AUGACGAGGACUGCACUGUAUUCGCUGCACUUUAGCGCAACAAAAGGAUUUACAUCGGUUCAGCCCCCAGCUUUUUGGCGCUGGAGCAGAAAUGGACAGUGUGGACAAGAAAGUCACUCGAGUAAUAAACUAGCAAGACUCCGCUUAAAUUCAGAGUUCCCUCAGUACCUCGAGCUAAUCGAGCUAUUGGGAAAAGGAAGCUUUGGCUCUGUUUUUAAAGUGAAGCAUCAGGUGGACUUGAAGACCUACGCUUUGAAGAUUGUGCAAUCUACAGAGAAAGCUGAUCGUGAAGUAAAGGCAUUGGCUAACCUGAACAAUCCAAACGUAGUUCAGUACUUUUGGUCUCUUCUUGCUUCAGACCUUGACGGAUCCUUAACUGCUCUGAAAGGCGGUUUUUCUGAUUCAGCUGAGAGUAAUGGCUAUGGAUCGGGAGUGGAUUUUAGUGACAGUUUCAGGUCGAGACCUCAGGAGGAUGUAGAUCCGUUUGAGUUGCGCAGCACAGACAGUAAAGAAAAUGGUUUAGAUUUGAACUUAAAAAGAUCACAACCUCCUGAUGAAGAUCCAGAUCUGUCUGAGUUACCCAGCAUGGACAGUCAAGGUGAUGAUUUAGAUUUGGACUCAAUGAGAUCACAAACCCCUUCUGAGGAUCCAGAUCUGUCUGAGUUACCCAGCACUCGCAGUCAAGAUGGUGAUUCAGAUUGGAACUCAAUGAGAACUCCUGCUGAAGAUCCAGAUCUGUCUGAGUCACCCAGCACUGACAGUAAAGAGGAUUUAGAUUUGAAGUUAAUAAAGCCACUCUCGCUUGAUGAAAAACCCGUCGUCACAAAAUUCACCAGCAGUCAGAAUGAGGACAAUGAAUCAGGAGUCAAUUUCAUUCUGAAUUCAACACACCUCUGCAUAUUUAUGGAGUACUGUGAUGGAGGUACACUGACAGCAUGGCUAAAUGACCGAAAUCGCGAGGAACAGCUAAGAACAGAGAAGGAAGCUCUUUCAGUCUUUCAUCAGAUCGUCAGUGGACUGAAGUAUAUCCAUUCACAAGGCUUCAUUCACAGAGACUUAAAGCCUGAUAACAUCCUUUUUGGCAAAGAUGACAAAGUGAAGAUUGGAGACUUUGGGCUCGUUACUCUGAUGACUGAUGUAAAUGGAGGCUCUCCGAAGAGGACAGUGUGUGUAGGAACCCCGUCAUACAGGAGUCCUGAACAGGAGAAUCAGAAGGAGUACGACGAAAAAACAGACAUUUUUCCGUUGGGACUCAUUUGGUUUGAGCUUCUCUGGAAAAUCCCUACUGUGAUGGAGAAAAGCAAGAUGUGGAAAGACGUGAGGAAUCGGAAGUUUCCGGACGUGUUCUGUAGGAAAUAUAAACCGCAGCGUGUGUACAUCAACAAAAUGCUCUCCAAAGAGCCAAAAGAGAGGCCAAAUGCUGUGAAGAUGCUCAAAAUUCUUCAAACCCUUUUUCCCUUGGAGAAGAGAAACUCGAGCCAUAACAGCGUCUGAAAUAAUGCCUGUAUGUGCAAACAGGAGUUUUAUAAGGGGGAUCUGUCACAGUGUGUCCACUUCUAAAGAAGGACAGUUAAUGUUGUUAAGAUGGUUUUUUUAUCAUGGAUUUGGGAAGUUGGGUCUAUCUAGAGUCAGUCAGUUUAAGGGGAGCCACUUUCUGUUCUUUCUGUUAAAUAAAAAACAUGAUUUAAAAAUGCAGAAGGGCACCGAAGAGCGAGUCCUCAGUGAAUGGGGGAGCUAAAUGGCUAAAAACAAAACAUUAAACAUGUUUCUAAACAUUUAUGCUGGAAAUUCCUUUAAUUUUGGAAAGAAGAAUUAUUUAUUUCAUCAAUUUAUUUAAACAAAACUAAGAAAACUUAACAGUACGUUUCCGUUUUUCUACAGCAAACAGGUUUUGGGCUGUAGAGUGUUAGCAUUACUGCAACUGAGUGCAGAUUGGUUAGCAUUACUGUAACUGAGUGCUGAUUGGUUAGC